AUGUUGGUCCCACCAAGGCCAGGCACCUCGGAUGUGUUUUGGUCACUGGCGCUGCAGCCCAAAAUGGUCCACGUUUCUCCCCGCCUCGUCCCCAGGGCAAGAUGCCGUGGUGUGCCCAUCAUGCUGGGCAGGGCAGGCGGCCGGCAGCAGGCCUUGGCAGCCGUCUGGAUGCCGGGGCAGCAUUUGACGCCUUGGCUCUUGCUUGUAUUUUGCUGCCUGCAGGUGCCGCCACCGCUGUCCGGGAGAGCUGCCGGGAACUGCAUGGGACAGCACCGGAUACUGCUGAAAGGCUGCAAUGCCAAGCAUGGCUUCUACGUUUUCAAAUAUGUCUACUCGUUUUCAACGCGGAGGAACCAGACACAGAUAAAGAAGGAAGAGGCCAACAGCCAGAGCACCGUCCCUGGUCACCGGCUGGGUGAGGACAAUUCCAGGCGGGGGCCAACAGAGGAUGGGGUGGCCCCAGAGCGAGGUGACAAUGGCAGCACCAAUGCGAUGGAGAACGGGACCGGCCUCAAGCCCAAAAACCACAGUGCCCCAGGCAUUGGUGGGGAUGCUCACAUUCCUCGCCCAGGCACCGGCACGCGAGCGCGCGGUGGUGUCGGUGUUGCGGGUCCCACCCCGGCCAGCUCGGAGGGCAGCGGCGACCUGGAUUUGGUAGUUGAAGUUGAAGAUGGUGUUUCCAUUCUCCCCCAGGGUGGACGCCCUGGCAAGGCCAUGGCGGGGAACAGGACCAGUGUCAGGAGUGAAGACAGGAACGAUGGUGCCCCCAGGGGGGUUCCAGUGGAGGGGGCCACAACAGCCGGGAGGGAGAGGGCCCCCGCCACUGGAGGGGCUGGGGAUGAGGGCAGCGGUGAGGCCACCGUCCCUGGCCAAGAGCAGAAAGGUGACAUGCGGGGCACAGGGAUGGGAGGCGCCACUCUCGCCUCCAUCACUGAGAACAUGGAGGAUGUCCAAGUUGACGCCAAAGGUGUGGAUGAAUACACUUACAUCCCUGACUCGGGCAGUGUCACCGUCACCCACGGGAAGGUGGGCAGCACAGUGAGGGCCACCAGCUUCACUCAAAUCUCUCCGGACAAGGACGACGAGGUCAACAUCUUCAUUGGGAGGGCCAACAUCCAUGUCGGGGAGCAAGAAACCACCCAGGCUAGUGCCACUGUUGGCAACGAGGAUGACAGCAUCCCCACUGCGGGAACCAGCAGCUCCCUGCCCGGGCUGGGCAUCACUGCGGCACAUGAUGGCGAUGACAAUGGUGGCCUCUCUGCCCAUGGGCAGCCUGAAGGACCGGCCACCACAGCCACCCCAAGCCACAGGGACAGCGUCAUCAGCAGCCCUGGGGAUGGCCGUCCCACAGGAGAUGAUGAUGGUGCCACCACCACUGGUGACGGAGAAGGACUGGUGGCCCCCGGCCCCUGGAGGGUUGCUGAUGGUGAUGUUACCAUCCCUGUGGGGGCUGGCCUCCGCGGGAAUGGUGAUGAUGAGGUCACUGCAGGCAGGCUGGGAUUUCCCAUGCCGGCCAGAGAUAUCGCCAGGCAUCGCGCUGAUGUCUCAGCUCAGGAUCUUAGCUUGAAAAAUAUCUGGCAUCUGGUCCCUGAAAAGGGUUCUGGAGCAGGUUUGGUGCAGCAGGCAGCUGUAGCAGGGUUUAAAUUCCCCGACGUUGGAGAUGUCAGGCAGUCAGGGGACGAGGGGAGAAAGCCAGAGCUGCUGGGAGCCAACUGGCUGGAGCUGCUGCUGGGAUCACUAAGAGCGCUCUUGUCGCAGCCGACUCCUCCAGCACCAGAAAAGGGUGUCCUGUCUCAGGGCCAGCCUUACUAA